GUAGCAUUAUCAGUAGUGCCAGCACACUCACGCAGUGCCAGUGUUUACAACCAAACAGACGAAAAGUGCCAAAUUUGAAUUUUCAAAUUAAGUAUAAUUUUAUUAUUCUUUUUUUUAAAUUUUUACAAUGAAGGAGUACGGGUCCAUUAAUGUUAAACAAAAUAGUGAACCCAGACCACCCAUCAGAACCAUGAAGCAAGAUGAGAAACAACGUCUUUUGGACAGUGAUUACCAAAGCGAUACAACGUCGCUGGAUCUGGAAAAUCUGGCAACAGAGUGCGAAGAUCCCCUAUGCAAUAGAAAUAUAGAGCACCCCACCUCUAAUUUCGACACCAUGGUACAUCUACUAAAAGGAAACAUUGGUACCGGUAUAUUGGCAAUGCCAGACGCGUUCAGAAACGCAGGAUGGGUCGUGGGACUAUUUGGUACACUUUUUAUGGGUGCAGUGUGCACCCAUUGCAUGCACAUGCUGGUCAAGUGCUCGCACGAACUAUGCAGAAGAACUCAAAAACCGGCCCUCAAUUUUGCCGAGGUGGUGGAACAAGCCUUCAAAACUGGCCCCGACUGUUUACAAGGAUUUUCGAAAAUAGCCAAAACUAUAAUAAACUUUUUCUUAUUCCUCACACAACUUGGUUUUUGCUGCGUUUACUUCGUGUUUGUGGCAGCAAACUUACACGAUGUCGUAUCGCAUUAUUUUGCCAACAUAAGCGUGCAUUGGUACCUUCUGAUACUACUUUUGCCAAUGGUUUUACUGAACUGGGUAAAAAGUCUGAAAUACUUAACCCCUGCCUCGCUUUUCGCGAGUAUUAUAACGUGUACGGGGUUGGCCAUAACGUUUUUCUACAUGCUGCAAGGUCUACCUAACACUUCUUCAGUGCAUGCUUUUGGAACGUGGGGUCAGCUACCGAUAUUUUUUGGUACGGCUAUAUACGCCUUCGAGGGUAUUGGAAUGGUGUUACCCUUGGAAAACAACAUGAAAAACCCUCAAGAUUUUGGGGGUUGGAAUGGAGUACUAAAUACAGGAAUGGUUGUAGUGGCUAGUCUGUACACAGCUGUAGGUUUUUUCGGGUAUUUAAAAUACGGAGAUCAAGCUGUUUUAGGAAGUGUUACCCUUUUGUUACCGCCCGAUGAAAUACUUGCCCAGUCAGUUCGUCUGAUGAUGGCAAUAGCCAUAUUUUUAUCAUACAGCCUACAGUUCUAUGUACCCUUCAACAUAGUUUGGCCCUCAAUCAAAAAACAUUUCGACACUGAACAGUCCAAACGUAUCGCUGAAUAUUCCACCAGAACCAUCUUGGUUUUCAUAACUUUUGCAUUGGCUAUAGCUAUACCCAACCUAGGCGCUGUAAUAUCUCUUGUAGGAGCAUUCAGCAGUAGUGCUCUGGCACUUAUUUUCCCGCCCCUAAUCGAAAUUAUAACCCUGUGGCCUGAUAAGCUGGGGAAACACAACUGGGUUCUUUGGAAAGACGUAAUGAUUGUUAUAUUUGGCUUCAUAGGCUUCCUUAUAGGUUCCUAUGUUAGCUUACUUAAUAUACUUUAUCCUGAAAUCCAGGCCUAGUAACUUUAAUUUACUUGUGAUCAUUUAACCUGUGUGUGAUCAUUUUUGAAGCUUUAUAUUAUCGCUAGAUUAUAUUAUUUCUGUACCAAGUACAGCCCUUUUAAUUUUUGUGAUAAAUCUUAAAGAUAUUUAUAAGUAGGAAAAGAUGUUAUGUAUACAUAGGUAUUACCAAUAUUUCUAGUUACCUAAAAUCAAGACAAUAAAAAAAAUUACGUGAUGUUACAUUUCUAAGACAAUAAUUAUCUUCCAUUUUAAUAGAGGAAAAGAACACUGUUCAUAUUGUUGCCCGAAUCUCUAAACUAGCUAGUAGUAGCUACCUUUAGGUAACUCAAAUUUUCGAUUUUUGGUUAUCUAGUUUGAAAUCAAGUAUAAAGCUACUAGCUUGAAUUGAAUGUUAGAACUAGGGAAUUUGUCAAAGUAAUCUUGAGACUCCAGAUUACUGCACUCGUUGCCAGUUCUUGCAUUUAAUUAUAAUUGCUUUUCACAUGAUUUCAAACUAGAUAACUCAAAAUCAAAAAUUCGAGUUACCUAGUUUUAACAUUCAGGCAACGAUAUCUCUAGUUAAAUGAGUUUUUGUUUAUUUAUUUUGUACAUAUUUUUAAUAUAAGUAUUAUAGUAUAUUUCUUUAUCAAUAUCUAUAUGAGAAAGUAUCGUUUUCUCCACCAAAUAUAUCAGUAUUGACUAUAAUUUGUAAAUAUUGUUAAAAAAUUAUUUAAUGUCAAUAAAU